UGUUUUUCUUCUUUCUGUUAUAAAUAUAUGAAAAAAAAGAUAUUAAAACAAGGUGACUACGCGUUUUUAGUUUCUGAUUAAAAAUAAAUAGGAAAUAAACGGGGUAUGGUGUGCGUUUAGCUUCGGGUGGAGAACGAACAUUCAGGGUUUAUUUCCCCUAUCAUCAAAAAGACCCGCCUGCUCAGUGUAAUUGGGAUUAGCUGUGACAGACGUAAUGGAUACACGAAAUCAGGAAAAUUCAGAUGAAGGGUUUGAUGACGUAGACGGUGCUCUGUUUUCGCGAAUUCCAAGUAAACAGCAUAACAUUGAAUCCUUAGCAAAUCAUUCUUUAGACAGUACCGGAAAAGACGGUGUAGAUGGGACAUUAUUUUCUAGAGUACCGAGUCAGAAAGAUGGUUCCACAGCAAAUAAGGCGCAUCACCGGAAUCAAAUAUAUAAACCUGUUGGAGAUGAAAACGUAACAUUGGAAUGUUCAAUCAAACCAGAAGAUUUAAGCGAUACUGACGACGAUGAACGCCAUCCCAAACCCGAGGAGAAAGAAAGCUCACGUAGCUCGCGCGGCAGUUCCUGCUAUGAUGAUUUUUCUGAUGCUAUACAGGGUUCCCGAGUUAGUUUGCAACUGGAAGAGGAGCCAGAAAUCCAGCCCGUUGCAUCCUCAACAUUCUACACGCAGCCUCCAUUGAUUGAAUGUGACAAUGACAUUGAUUCAACAUCGGAACAUAAUAUGCAAGACAAUGGUGUUGCGUUUUAUUUGCAAGAUAAUGAAACCCCAAACGGCGCAAUGCUUUCAAAUGGUUUUAAUCAAGCUAGACAAAUUACGAAGCCUAAAAAAGCUGAAGGCAACAAUUCAUACGAAAUGAGUCAUUUUGAAUGUGAUGAAAAUGUGGCACCUCAAAAUGAAUUGACUUUGAAUAGUACUGAUGAAAAAGAUUCGUCUGUGUCACCAAUGUUGAACAAUGAAAGCAAAACAAUUAAAAGUUCAAACUGUUGGCAGCUUACAAAACCUUUGAUAUUUCCUGUAGUAUCAUUGGUCAUCUAUUUUUCGGACAUUGCGUCAGAUAUUCGCCUUGCAGUGAGCUACAGGGAAAACGGAGAUAUCAAUCUGUUUUGGAUCACACUGAGCUGUAUUCUCAUUCCACAUGUUUUGAUGGCCAUUAUGGAUGUAUCUUGGGUAUGGCUGGACAGAAAGCAGGGACACAAAAACACGUGCAGAUUGAUUCUAGGAGGUUUAACACUUGGACGGAUCAUUCGUGCUUUAUCCUACAUGCGACAUGUUUACAAAGCAAAACGUAUACCUAAAGUAAAGAAUGACAAUACGCCAGGGGGACACCAGCAUAGAAAAACAAGGGAUUGGCAUAAAAAUAGAGCCAGGGAUGAGAAAAGGGACUGUUUUAUGCUCGAUUUUAUCAAUGCCUUUAUGGAAUCAGCACCGCAGUUAUUUGUCCAGUUGUAUUUGUAUUAUGCAUAUAACCUGGAGCUUACUUUCUUAAGAGUACUAAAUCUACUGUCAUCUUGGAUCAGUAUCGCCUGGACGUAUGCAGCUUAUUAUCGAUGUAACAGAGAAGCUUUGGCGGGCACGCAAGAUGUCAAGAUAAUAGGAUUUGCAUUCUUCUUUUGCUCUGUAUUGUCAGCAUUGGCGGCGAGAUUUAUUUGCACAACGCUGUUUCUAGUCCACGUUUAUACUUGGAUCGGUCUAUCUUUCUCAGCUGCGCAUUUCAUAGUCAUGUUUCUGUGGAUAUGUAUCAAAGAGCGGCCUAAGCUGGAAGGGACGACAACAUCAACUUGCGGACGAUAUUUGUAUUACGUAUUUUUUGCUUACGUUAGCAUUUUAUGUUUCAUGAACUUGAAUGAUACCCGAGCAAGAGUAAGAAUGACAGUAUUUUAUACAGUGAUUUAUAUUGAAAAUACCGUAAUGGCGGUUUUAUCUGUCUUGAAAAUAAAUGAAAAUGAGACCGUAAGUGACAAGGCAAUACAUCUAAUCAUACUUCCGGUUGGUUGCGUAUUGCACGUUGUAUUACUAGUCAAUUAUUAUCUGUUUCUGCAUCCUAAAACUGGGAUUUGUUAUAAUUGUAAUAGAUCUUUCAAAAAGGCCAGUCACGUUUAAUUAAUUUUUAUUGUCUAUACUUAUACAUGUAUUCGGCCAGUUGCAACAACUUUUUAACAUGCCAUAUUAAUUGUUAACUCUGAGAGAGUUGUCAAAGCAAAAUAAAAUGUUGAACAUAG